GUGAGGAGCGGAGAGUACGGUUUGGGUGAUAUUUAGAGAUAAGAUCGGUGAUGUAGUUAGGGGCAGUGUUAUGAAUGGCUUUAUAUGUCAGUGUUAGUGUUUAAAAUUUUAUCUGUUGGGCAAUUGGGAGCCAAUGGAGGGAUUGGCAGAGAGGGAUGGAUGACACUGAGUGGAGGCCAGUGGAGGGAUUGGCAGAGAGGGAUGGAGGACAUUGAGUGGAGGUCAGUGGAGGGAUUGGCAGAGAGGGAUGGAGGACACUGAAUGGAGGCCAGUGGAGGGAUUGGCAGAGAGGGGUGGAGGACACUGAAUGGAGGCCAGUGGAGGGAUUGGCAGAGAGGGAUGGAGGACACUGAGUGGGGGGCCAGUGGAGGGAUUGGCAGAGAGGAAUGGAGGACACUGUGUGGAGACCAGUGGAGGGAUUGGCAGAGAGGGGUGGCAGAUACGGAGCGGUCGGCCAAUGAGGAGGGAGUGACAAUAGUCGAGGCG